UUUGUGGAUGCCAUUGCUCCAUGAAAUGAUCAAACAAGACGACAGACUCUUGGUCACUAUCACAUGUACCAGGUUCUAAUUUCAUUACAUGAUGCCAUUGCUCCAUCCAUCAAAUUAUCAGCAGCUUCACUCCUCAGUCAGUCACUACCACUUCGCAAUGAUUGUGAAAGUAGCGGUAGCAGUGGUUGGCGGUUUGAUUGGAUGGGCUUAUAUGCGAAUCAAGCCGCCGCCACCUAGAAUAUGUGGAUCACCAGGCGGUCCGCCUAUAACUUCGCCGCGGGUACGACUUGAUGAUGGAAGGCAUUUAGCUUACAGAGAGUGGGGUGUCUCGAAAGAUGAGGCUAAACACAAGAUUAUUGUAAGUCAUGGCUUCGAUAGCUCCAAAGACUUGACACUACCUCUUUCACAGGAACUUAUUGAGGAGCUGCAAAUUUACAUUCUUUCAUUUGACAGAGCAGGUUAUGGAGAGAGUGAUCCGCAUCCAAAACGCACCGUCAAAAGUGAAGCAUUUGAUAUUCAAGAAUUAGCUGAUAAAUUGCAUAUUGGUCCCAAAUUCUAUGUAAUGGGAUUAUCAAUGGGUGCAUAUGCUACUUGGAGUUGCCUUAAGUACAUACCACACAGGUUGUCAGGGGCUUCACUUAUAGUUCCGUUUGUGAAUUACUGGUGGCCAUGUUUACCUGCUGAUAUGGCUAAAAAAUGCUUCGAGCUACUGCUUGCUCAAGACAGGUGGACAUUUUGUGUGGCACAUUACGCCCCGUGGUUGUUUCAUUGGUGGAUGAAUCAAAAAAUAUUUCCAUCAUUAAGUAUGUUGGCGGGAAAAUUGGAUAUAUUUUCCGAAUCAGAUUUGGAGUUCUUCAAGAACCAGCCACCAAACCCAGACGAUAAUCAGGAAAAGAGACGUCAGCAAGGAGUUUAUGAAUGUCUGUAUCGUGACAUAAUGGCUGGUUACGGAAAAUGGGAGUUUGACCCGUUGGAUAUAAGUAAUCCAUGGCCAGACAACAAUGGUGCUGCGCAUAUUUGGCAGGGCUGCGAAGAUAGAGUCAUACCAUAUAAAAUAAAUCGGUUUCUUUCUGAAAAGCUUCCGUUUGUUCGGUAUCAUGAGGUUCCAGGCAAAGGGCAUUUCUUAGCUUUUGACAGCGGGUUAUGCGAAGAAAUCUUUAGGACCCUUGUGGCUGGAUGAACCGGUUUAUAUUGGUUACAUUAUGCAUGCUAUAUGCUACAAUGUCAUAUGAUGUUUAGAUAUUAUUUUGCGAUAUUAGUAAUGUUCUCUGAACCGAACAUAUAUAUGUUGACGUAUAUUUAGUAGCUAAAUACUAGAGCUAUUCUUAUGUAUAUUUCAACUUUUGAAAUUGAUCA